AUGCCAAUGGAGCCACCAAGCACUCCUACAACUCGUCAUACUGUCGGUGACACGAAAAAGUCUAUACACACCGAUAUAUUGAAUUUGGUGGGCGUCCUAAAUAACUAUCUUGACCUCGAUGUGAAAAUUGCGAAAGAAAUUAAAGUGUUCAGCACACAAGUUAUCGACCGGAAACAUAUGAGCUUGCAUCAGCAGAAUUGCCGUUUGAUUUCCAUUCAAGAUGGCAGUCUUGUGAAUGAUGGUCGCGUUACGGGAUGUGCUGACAAACGAAGGAAUAGAAAAUAA